CUGAGUACCACGGGAAAUACUUCCCAAAUGCCUUCCCCCCGGGUGGAAGCUGCAGCACUGCCUCUGCAGAGGGUCCUGAGGGAGUCAGCCUGGGAUGGCAGCCUCGAGGCUGGUGUUGUCGCUGCUGGUCGCAGCUCUGCUGCAGCACGUGGCCACCACGCUGAAGAUCGGCGCCUUCAACAUCAAAGCCUUUGGGGACACCAAGAUGUCCAACCAGACCGUUGCAAAUAUCAUCUACUCUAUCCUGUCGGAGUACGACCUCGUUCUGGUGCAGGAGGUCCGGGAUGCCGACCUGAGUGCUGUGAAUAAACUCAUGGACCAGCUCAACAGUGCUGGGGGGUACCAAUACAGCUCUUUGGCCAGCAUGCCUCUGGGUCGGACCAGCUACAAGGAGCAGUACCUCUUCAUCUACAGGCCAGACAUAGUCUCUGUGCUGGGAAGCUACUACUACGACGAUGGCUGCGAACCCUGUGGGACUGAUACCUUCAGCAGGGAGCCCUUCAUUGUGAAGUUCUCCUCUCCCACCACACCAGAGGUGCAGGAGUUCGUGUUGGUGCCUCUGCAUUCCGAACCCAGCAGUGCCGCACAGGAGAUCGAUGCACUCUAUGAUGUCUACACCGAUGUCAUCAACAAGUGGGGGACUAAAGACAUAAUCCUUCUGGGCGAUUUCAACGCUGACUGCUCCUACGUGACCAGCUCCCAGUGGCCGUCCAUCCGCCUGCGCUGGCUCAGCGCCUGCCAGUGGCUCAUCCCCGACAGCGCCGACACCACCGUGGCCGACACCACCGACUGCGCCUACGACCGCAUCGUCGCCUGCGGCACCGCCCUGCGCCAAGGCAUUGAACCCGGCUCCGCCACCGUCAACAACUUCAAGGAGAAAUUGCACCUCCAGAUGAAGGACGCUUUGGCUGUCAGCGACCAUUUCCCAGUGGAGGUGACCCUGAAAGCCCAGUGAGCCUGUCCCCACACCAGGAGCUACCAGGACACCUCAGCACAUAUCCCUCGUGGGAGCCCACAUGCUACUGGUGCCAGCCAAGCUGUCCACUGUCUCUGCAAGGAGUUCUUGGGCUUUUGUGGAAGUGCUAUGCUUUUUGAUUCUAUUAAAAAUGAGCCUUUUCCUGC